AUGAAUAUAAUGCCACAAAGAAGUGAGGAGUCGAGUUCACACACGGAUGGAUUCUGGGUGAACACCCUGUCAAACAACAGGCCACACGCUUGACGAAACUAACUUUUUCUUUCAAUAUAAAUGUAUUAUUCGUGAUAGAUAUGACGGAAAUGUUUUCAACUCUGUUCGGGCAAAACGAUGCCCAGGGACCACCCGGCUCGUCUCUGGGUUUCGGGCCGGGGAAGCCUCCGCCGCCUCUGCCUCAAAAUCAAGUCUCCAUGGCGGGGCAGAUGCCACCGCAGCUCGGGGAUGAAGGGCCUGUCCUGCGGAAGCCCGGAGCCAUGAAUGAACCGUUCUACUUACUGCGGGAGCUUCCUGUGGGAAACGAGUUAACGGGCAACACCAACCUCAUCACGCACUACAACCUGGAGCACGCCUACAACAAGUUCUGUGGGAAGAAGGUGAAGGAGAAGCUCAGCAACUUUCUGCCAGAGUUACCAGGUAUGAUCGACUGUCCGGGCACUCAGGACGGCAGCUCGUUGCGCUCUUUGAUUGAUAAGCCUCCAGUGUGUGGGAACUCCUUCAACCCAUUGACAGGCGCUCUGCUCACAGGCUUCAGACUACACACAGGACCACUACCAGAACAGUACAGACUGAUGCACAUACAGCCUCCAAAGAAGAAGAGCAAACACAAACACAAACACCAUCGACUGCAGGACCCGUUACCACAAGAAACUCCAUCAGACACUGAUCCCAAAAAGAAGAAGAAGAAACGGGAUGAUGAUCCUGACCGCAAGAAAAAGAAGAAAGACAAGAAAAAGAAGAAGAACCGCCACAGUCCUGACCACCCCGGCCUCGCUGGAUCACAACCCAACAGCAACAGCCUCAGAUAGACAGGAGCCCACUGUGUGCAUGCCGGUGUUUGUGUGUGUGUGUGUGUGUGUGUGUGGCAUUUUGUAAGGGGAUGCGUGUGUGAUUUACAGAUAAUUGUAUUAUUGGGAGUAUGUUUUAAUGAGAGCGGAGAUGAAUGAAGUAAUGCAAAUGUUUGUAUGAUGUGUGUGUGUGUGUGUGUGUGUGUGUGUGUGUGUGUGUGUGUGUGUGUGUGUGUGUGUGUGUGUGUGUGUGUGUGUGUGUGUGUGUGUGUGUGUGUGUGUGUGUGUGUGUGUGUGUGUGUGUGUGUGUGUGUGUGUGUGUGUGUGUGUGUGUGUGUGUGUGUGUGUGUGUGAAAGGAGCAACACAGUGGACGUGUGUGAUCAUGUAAAGAAAUGUUACAGAGCAGUGUAAAAGGCAGAAAGCCGCUGGUGGGCUGUGUGGUGUUAUGGAUGACUGACUUUGAUUUUGUUGUGAUAACUUUUGACCAUAUUGCCAAAAUCAAAUAAACGUUUGGUUAUUA